ACCUGGGAAUUCAUUCAAUAUAGAUUCAUAGGCAAUGUAGCAACGGUUAUUUGACAGUUUACUACUUUUCAACAUACACCACUUGGCUUGGAGUUGUUUAGAUACAUCACCGAGACUUAAUUCCGAAAUGGCGGAUUAUCAAAACGUCGAAGGGAUUGUAAACCCCGCUGGACCAAAUGUUGGCAACGAUUAUAAUUCUCAUCCACGUAUAGAUGGCAGUCUGGAUCGGAUGAAUUAUGAAAAACCAGCAAGACGAUGUAGCAAUGGGAAGCUGCUCGGGCUGGCGAUCUUCAUACUUCUUGCAUUGGGCACUAUAGGGGUCGCUGUCUAUCUUAAAUUCUACACGUUGGCGCCUGAAGAAGUUGACAAGACUAAUAUCGAUCCAUUGGUGAUUCACACAGCGAGUGGACAAGUGCAUGGCAUGACGUCACAAUCUCCUCAAGGUCAACAGGUGCAGGAGUAUUUGGGGAUACCAUACGCAGAGCCACCUGUCGGUGAUUUAAGAUAUGCAAAACCAAAACCAUAUGGGAUGUUUCCAAAUGGUACCUAUAACGCAUCAAGCUACAGAAACUCAUGUUUUGGGUUCAUCGAUGAAACAUUCGGCGACUUCAGAGGAUCAGAUAUGUGGAACCCAAAGAAUCCACUAAGCGAAGACUGUUUGUUCCUUAAUAUAUGGGUUCCACUUCCAGUCAAGCAGAAGCGGGCAGUAAUGGUGUGGGUAUUCGGCGGAGGUUUUUACAGCGGAAGUAGUUCCCUCUCUGUAUAUGACGGAAAGGCGUUAGCUGCGCACGCAGAUGUCGUAGUUGUAUCUAUGAACUACCGAGUCGGUUCCUUCGGAUUUUUCAGUACUGGGGAUGACAGAUCAAAAGGGAACUUCGGGUUACAUGACGUGUUACUUUCCCUUAAAUGGAUAAAUACAAAUAUUGGGUCAUUUGGAGGAGAUAAGGAUUCAGUGACUUUAUUCGGAGAAAGUGCUGGUGCAGCUACUAUCGGAUAUAUGUUAAUGGCUGACGAGGCAGAUCCACUAUUCAAAAGGGCAAUACUACAAAGUGCGAGCCCUGAUUCCAGAUGGUCAUAUAUGACUGAGGAGCAGGCCAAAGAACGCUCUCAACUGUUUGCAAGCGCUAUGACUUGUAAGGACAAUGCCAACCUUAUGGAAUGUUUGCGGACUAAAGAUGCAGACGAAAUUUAUGCGAAGGACUAUGUAACAGGCAACUUCUUUGAAUUUCCUUGGGUACCAAAUAAAGAUGGCGAACUUGUAGAAGACAAUCCACGUAAUCUCAUAAAAGAAGGGAAAUUCCAGAAAAAGGACAUUAUUGCCGGGGUUAACACAGACGAGGGGUCAUUUUGGAUCCUUUAUGCGCUUCCAGGGUUUUUCAAGGAUAACUCAAGUGAACAAAGUGAACAAAUGUACCGCGACGCCAUUAAGACAUUAGAUUGGGAUCUCCCUUCUGGUACCAAGGACCUAAUCACAACUGAAUACCUUCCAGCUGACACUUCUGAUAAAAAUGCAAACAGGGAUGCUAUUGAAGAUGAAAUGGGAGACAGAGCAUUCAUCUGUCCAACCAUAAACCUGGCACAGGAUUUCUCCGCUUCUAACUCAGGGAAUACUGUUUACAUGUAUUAUUUGUCACAUCGCGCCUCAAAUGAGGUGUGGCCAGAGUGGAUGGGGACCAUACAUGGCGCCGAUAUUCAGUGGAUAUUUGGUCUACCAUUAGACAAGUCACGAGGGUACACUAAAGAGGAAGAGGUGCUAUCUAAAGAUAUAAUGACGUACUGGAGCAACUUCGCCAAAACAGGGAAUCCAAAUGGCGCUGGACUUCCCGAAUGGCCAACGUAUAGGGAAGAUGCAUAUACGCACUUAGAAUUCCGCGAAGGAAACUCUCAAGGCGUGUAUCCAACAGGGUCUAAACACAGGGAGAAAUAUUGUACAUUUUGGAACUCACUCCCUUGAUGACGUUGUGAUUGGACUUUACAAUUUUAUUGAAUAUAAAACGUCAGAUAAUUCGAACGAUAAAAAAAGUAAAAUUUGUAUAACGGAACACAUUUGGUUUACCAAUCUUGAUUUUUUUCCUAUUUUCACUGGCAAGAACUUUAACAAACGACAAAACCGUUUGAACCUGUUUGAUAUACAGGGCUACCCUCGUAAACUCUGGAGCAUUACAUGGUUCCCCUCUGUAAUAUUUGAGACGAGCUAUUGCUGGCUUUGUUUCUUCAAUACUGAUUAAUAAAUGGUUAAUUAAAAUGA